AUUUUCAAACGGUCAACGGUUUAUUUGUGAGGUAAAAAGUUGUGCGUUCUUUCAUGUGUUGAUAAAAGGCGUGCUAUUUUUGUGGAAAUAGCUUGUUUAAAAAAGCAAUUCAGUGUCUAAAUAAACUAAUUAAAGUGUUUCAAGUAAAGCACUCAAAAUGAAUGACACACGUCCAAGUAGAAAGGACAAAAAUCAGAACAUUCAGGUUUUCGUCCGUGUCAGGCCAAUAAAUAAUUUUGAAAAAACACAAAAAUCAGCGUUAGUCGUUGAUGUUCCUUCAAAUAAAGAUGUUGUUGUACGAGAGAGACCAAAUGACAAAAUAUCAAAAAAAUUCUCCUUCGACAGAGUUUUUGGACCUCAUUCAAAACAGAUUGAUGUUUACAAUGCUGUUGUACAUCCUUUACUCGAUGAAGUAUUGGCCGGAUACAAUUGCACAGUAUUUGCUUAUGGACAAACAGGUACUGGAAAGACUUUUACAAUGGAAGGCUAUAGUAAUGAUCCUGGUUUGCAAUGGCAAAGUGACACAAGCGCUGGUAUAAUUCCUCGUGCCCUAAGUCAUUUAUUUGACGAAAUUCGAACACUCGACGCUCAAGAAUAUUCAGUACGUGUUAGCUUUUUGGAAUUAUAUAAUGAGGAAUUAUUUGAUCUUCUUUCACCAAAUGAUGAUGCAUCUAAAAUCAGAUUAUACGAAGAUGCGGCAAAAAAAGGUGCAGUAAUUAUUCACGGAUUAGAGGAAGUGACAGUACACAAUAAAAGCGAAGUAUACAAAAUUCUUGAGAAAGGUUCAGAGAAGAGACAAACUGCAGCUACAUUAAUGAAUGCUCAAUCGAGCCGAUCUCAUACUGUAUUUUCGAUUACUGUGCACAUAAAAGAAAAUACUGUGGACGGUGAGGAAUUAAUGAAAACGGGAAAAUUGAAUUUAGUGGAUCUUGCGGGAAGUGAAAAUAUCGGAAGAUCUGGCGCAGUUGAGCGAAGAGCAAGAGAAGCUGGAAAUAUAAAUCAAUCAUUAUUAACUCUCGGUAGAGUUAUCACUGCUCUUGUUGAAAGAGCUCCUCACAUUCCAUAUCGAGAAUCCAAAUUGACUCGUUUAUUGCAAGAGUCGUUAGGAGGACGAACAAAGACUUCUAUUAUUGCAACUGUUUCGCCAGCCAGUAUAAAUCUCGACGAAACAUUGUCAACAUUGGAUUAUGCUCAUCGUGCGAAAAAUAUCACAAAUCGACCGGAAAUCAAUCAAAAACUCUCCAAAAAGGCGUUACUCAAAGAAUAUACUGAAGAAAUUGAGCGUUUACGACGUGAUUUAGCUGCGACUCGUGAACGCAACGGAGUUUAUCUCGCACAAGAAAAUUUCAAUGAAAUGCAAACACAAAUUGAGUGUCAAGGAAAGGAAAUUGAGGACAAAAUUAAUCAUAUCAAAGCUGUCGAAGAGGCCAUGCAAACGAAAGAAAAACUCUUUGAUGAGCUUCAGUCACAAUACAAAGUGCAAACAGAGGAUCUCUAUCGUACGAAAAACGAUUUAAAUACUACGAGAAAUGUUUUGAAGGAUACUGAAUUAGAUCGAGAUGUACACAAGCAUCUUGUUGAUAGACACGCCACUACGGAGAAAGUUUUAUCAAAACAAGCGCAAAUAUUGUUGGAUGUUGCGGAAACUGCAACAACUGACACUCAAAAACUUCAUGAUAAAAUAAUGCGAAAAACACGAGUUGAAGAAGAAAAUGAAAAUCUUGGUCAGCAAUUUCGCAAAAAUAUCUCAAAACGAUUUCAACGUAUCGAACAAGACUUAUCAUUCCAUGCCCAAGGAUUGGUACAAUGCCAUUUGUCAAUGAAGGAUCAAGUUAAUUUACAAACAGCCGGUUAUAAUCGAAGUAUAGAUAAAACUAUUAAUCACAUUUCAAAGGAAUUAACGCAACAAGAGGGCAAUAUUAAUCGUAAAUUAACAGAAGAUGUAAAUGAAUCUUACGAUUAUUAUUACAAUUGGAUAAUAUUACAACUACAAAGCACGUCGGGAAUAGUUGAUAAAGAAUGUGAUCGACUUCAUCAAAUUUCUUCAAAAUUAGCAUCUGGAUUGAGUGAACUGGUGAACAAUAAAAUAACCGAGAAUUUACGUUCAUUGAAUAAAGAAAUGACAUCGAAAUUAGAAAAUUACAAAUUAUUCAUGAAUGAAACACUGAGUCAGGUUUCAAAUGAACUUGUUGAAGAGCACGAUCGUCUUGCAAGUGAAAUAAAUAAUCUAAAAGCAAUAAAACAAUCCUGUCAGGAGAAUCAAAAUAACAUUCAGCAAAAUAGAAAGACAUUUGAAAAGGCUUUUGAGAACCUAUGGCAACAGUAUCAAUCGAUUAAGAAAAGUGAUGAAGAAAAUCAAAAUUCAACAUUCCACCUAUUGCAACAAGUAGAUGACAAAUAUGACUCUUUAAGCAAUCACAAUGCGUGCAAACGCAAAAAUAAUAUCGAUCGAGAUCAACUUUUCAAGAGUAAAGCAAGUAAAGAUAUUCAAUGUAUUCAAACAUCAUUAACAAAAGGAUUUGAAAAGAAUUGGAGAAUUGCUGAGAAAACGAUCGAGCAAAGCAAACAACUCACGGAGAACAUUGAAUUAGAUUUAGAAGAAAGCAGAAAUACAAUAAGGGAAUAUCAAAAGUCUGUAACUAAUAGUACAGGUGAAUUACAACAAAAAACGGCAAAAGACAAAAGUGCAAUUUUAUCAUCUGUGCAAGAAUUACAUAAGAUUGUCGCAGAUGCAAGUGUCGAUCAUGUCGAAUUUAUGGAAGAUCAACGUAACAAAGUAUUAACAAGUUCAACUGAAAUCUGUCGCAAAUUGGAGACUCAGAGUGUGGAAUUCACCGAGUGGAAUAUUGGAAUAACAACAGAAUUACGAACAACUCAACACCAGAUUGACAAAUUCCUCGUGGAAGAUCUUCGUCGCGAUGUGCCAACAGGAACCACGCCUGUUCGAAAAGAUUUUCGCUAUCCUCAAAAAUUAGUAGCAACUUCUCCACGUGAAAGGAUUGUUAAAAGAUUUAUUGAACGUGCUCGAAGUGUUGGUGAAUCUGAAGACGAGGAUUCGACAAUAAUCGGUGUGAAUACGUCACCAACUGGAAAUAACGUUCAGACAACAUCCACACCUAAUAGCGUGUCAAUUUCCAAACUUCAAAUUCUUAAUGGAAACACUGUUGGUUAUCCAAUGGUAAAAGCCGCUUCGGCCUCUGAUAUCUCCAUCAUCGCGAGACCCAGCAAUGAACUCAUAAGACAUUCGGAAUCAGAUUUGCCAUUAAAGCAAAACGAUAAAGAAAAUGACGAGGAGGAGUUCAUCAAACCAAACAACACAAAAAUCAAACGAUUAUCAAAACUAAAAAGUGUCAGUCGAAAAGUUCUAGGAAGUUGCAACUAGUUUCAUCAUGAAUAAAAAAAAGGUUAAUAUUUUUA